UGCCGACGGCGAGAUCGGAUCCACCAGCUGACUGUGGACGAGAUGCAGGUCAAUGUAAACAUGAGCUCCGUGGCUGGAACCGCUUGGAGGGCUGUGAAGCCCCACAUUCCAAUGAUAAAAUUUCGGAAAGGUGGCCUUACAGAACUUGUGCGAGGACCCAAAGAACCGUUAGUCGCAGCAGCUGCAGUAGCACCCAUGAAGAAACCAGCUGCAACACCUGUCCAAAAAGCGCCUGUACUCGAAGAGUGGCAAGUUCCUCUGAAGUACCGUAGGGAAAUCAUUACUGAAGAAGAAAUUGAAUUUAUUAAUAGAGGAGGCCCUGCAUAGAAAAGGAGAUUUAGAAAUAGUUUAGCCUGUUUUAAUGUAUAUAUUGGCAUUUAUUUUAAUGUUAAGGGAUUAUGUUAAUACCUUCACAGUGUAAACUAUGUAUAAAAAAUAAAAUACAGUAAGAGGU